UAUGUAUAGAGCGGAAUGACGUGGACUAUGGGCGACGGCGACUGCGACUGUGGAGUGAUUCAUUCCCCAAUGAAAGUAUGGUUUAUUUUAAUCGAAGUGAAACAGAAAUAAGCGCAGUUUAUAAAUUAAUUAAAUAACGCAAUUGAAACAAGAAAGGGAAAAAAAACACGCCAUUGUAAUAACAAGGCUAUUUCAACAUGAAGUUACUUCAUAAAGAUAUCGAGAAAGAUUAUGCUGGUCAAGUGACCCUAAUGCCGGAGGAGGCCGAGGACAUGUGGCACACCUACAACCUCCUGCAGGUGGGAGACAGCCUGAGAGCCUCCACCAUAAGGAAGGUACAGACAGAGUCAUCCACAGGAAGUGUUGGCAGCUCCAGGGUUCGCACUACAUUGACAGUGUCUGUGGAAGCCAUUGACUUUGACUCUCAAGCCUGCCAAUUGAGGGUGAAGGGAACCAACAUCGAGGAGAACCAGUAUGUUAAGAUGGGUGCCUAUCACACCAUUGAGCUGGAGCUCAACCGGAAAUUCACACUUGCCAAGAAAAUCUGGGACAGCGUUGUGCUGGACAGGAUAGAGCAGGCUUGUGAUCCGGCUCAGAAGGCGGACGUGGCAGCUGUGGUGAUGCAGGAGGGCCUAGCCAAUGUGGUCCUGGUCACCCCUGCCAUGACUUUGCUUAGGGCUAAGGUUGAGGUGACCAUUCCCCGCAAGAGGAGGGGAAGCUGCACUCAACAUGACAAGGCUUUAGAGAGGUUCUAUGAGGCAGUGAUGCAGGCAAUUCUCAGACAUAUCAACUUUGAUGUUGUGAAAUGUAUUCUGGUGGCAAGUCCAGGUUUUGUGAAGGACCAGUUUAUCAGUUACUUGUUCCGGGAAGCAGUGCGGCAGGACUCCAAGGUCCUGCUGGAGAACAGGCCCAAGUUCAUGCUGGUGCACUCCUCUUCAGGACACAAGUAUUCUCUGAAAGAAAUUUUGUCUGACCCAGCUGUCACGAGCAGACUGUCCGAUACCAAGGCAGCAGGAGAGGUCAAAGCUCUGGAGGAUUUCUACAAGAUGCUACAACAUGAGCCGGACAGAGCUUUUUAUGGACUGGCACAUGUGGAGAAGGCUAAUGAGGCGAUGGCAAUUGACGUCUUAUUGAUUAGUGAUGAGCUUUUCAGGCACCAGGAAGUAGCAACUCGAAGUCGUUACGUACGGUUGGUUGACAGUGUGAGAGACAAUGGGGGGACCGUCAGAAUAUUUUCAAGCCUUCAUGUAUCUGGAGAACAGCUGAACCAGCUCAGUGGACUGGCAGCCAUUCUUCGCUUCCCCAUCCCUGACCUUUCUGAGCCCGAGGAGGACAGCAGCUCCGAUGAGGAAUAAUUGGAUCAUACACAUAUCAGACUUAUCUGCAGUCCUCACAGAGGACCAUAACACACAGGCAGAAAGACGUGUUACUCACUCACCUCAUGCUUAAAGGAAGGUACAUACUGGUAACAGAUAAAGGCGCUGACUGAUGAUGUAUUUGGGAAGAUAGCGUAUACAAGCCUCACACUAAGAUGGAUGCAGAAUUUGGCAGGGGUGGCAUCAGGGCCGUAGCUCACAGCGUGUAGUGUUGGAGUAGGGGGCAUGUGAACUGGGUUAGCUGAAGAAGUCCCACUGCACAACUGGUUUACUUCACUGCUCCUGUGCACCAGUUAUUAAAACGGAGUGCCCUCAGUGACUGUUAGUGAGCACAGUGGUUGCGGGGAUUUGCUGCACCUCGUCAAAGUCAACACGAAUCGAUCUGCUUUGCAGUUAUGGCUGGCUGGCUUCUGCUUCUUAGUGCCAAGUUUAUACCAAACAUGCACAAAUAAUUCAUAAUGGUUUAAUAAGGAUAAACGUUGACAAAUGAGAUAUUUAAUGAAAAUAAAUAUAUUAUUAUUGCA